UUUCAAUGAUCCGGGCAGGAGAGCUCCCUUCCCACCCUCCAUCCCUUGCUAUCCUCCCAAGGGCAAGGAAGGAAAGAGUGAAGGGUAAAACAGGCGAGGGGGUGAGGCGUGGGGGCACAGCUGCCAUGGCUCUGGAAUAGCCUCUUUGGGGGAGAUCGUCCUGCCCAUCAUCCUCUUGUCCUCCCACCCCCCCACACACACCGUAUCCGUGGGGGGGACGAAGAGACAGAGACACGCACGCACAAAAUCCUUCAGCAGCUGGCUGGAUCUCUUCUCUCCCACCCACCCCCCCACCCCACCAUGACAACAAAUCCAGCACUAGAAUCGCCAUCUACCCCAUGGCUACACAGCAGACUGCUGAUGGGUGAGGAAGACUCUUCGGUGGUUGGAUGUGCUUCCCAAAGCCCUGAUAGUAGCUGAAGCGGGACGUAGCCAAUGUCGUCCAGCAAAGGGGCGGGGGCUGGAGCUCGCCGGCGGCGGACGCGGUGCCGGAAGUGUAAAGCUUGCCUGCGGUCGGAGUGUGGGGAGUGCCACUUCUGCAAGGACAUGAAGAAGUUUGGUGGGCCCGGGCGCAUGAAGCAGUCGUGCCUCCAGAGGCAGUGCACGGCGGAAUCCCCCUGCUCACCUCUUGAUCCGCUGUCGUUGCAGCCAGUUCUACCUCACACAGCUGUGUGCCUGGUGUGUGGGGAAGCCGGGAAAGAAGACACGGUGGAGGGCGAAGAGGAGAAGUUCAACCUGUCGCUCAUGGAGUGUACCAUCUGCAACGAGAUUGUGCAUCCAGGCUGCUUAAAGAUGGGAAGAGCCGAAGGGGUCAUAAACAAUGAGAUUCCAAACUGCUGGGAAUGUCCCAAGUGCAAGAGAGAAGGCAAAUCGAUGAAAGACUCGGGCGACGGCACGGGGAAGCGGCGGUCCGACAACGGCGAGGAGGGGGUCCGGUGGAAGCUGACGGACGAGCCUGCUCAGAACAAGAAGAAAUUGGCACCUGCCCCACCUCUCCCCCCGCCGCCCACCGAGGAGACCCAAGUCCAAGCUGGAGUCCACAAGCGCAAAAAGGAGAAGGAGCUGCCGGCCCCGGACACGGGGCCCAAGAAAAAGUUAAAAGGCACGCGGGAAAAGCAUUUGAAAAAGGCCACCGAGCAGCCCGCCGAUGGGAACAAGUUGCAAUCGAUGCAGACCUGGAGCCGCACGGGCAGCGGGGACUUCGAGGUGAAGGGCACCAUCUCCCACCCCUCCAUCCACCUGAACCAGAUCACGGCGAGCGACUUAGAGAAACCGAAGGUUCCUUCCGGCCCCUUGGAGCCCUCUCCCCAGUCGGACAAGUCCCACCAGCGCGAGAAACUGGAGCGUUUCAAGCAGAUGUGCCAGAUGUUGGAGCGGGUGAAGAACAGCAGCAGCUCCAGCUCCAGUUCGGACUCUGACUCCGACACGGACUCUCGGGGCUCCGACGGCUCCAGUGGGGGCGUCUCGAGCCACGCUGCCUCUCCAGCCACCCGGUCCCAGCGCCUGGCUGCCCUGGGCUUCAGCGCCAGCGAGGAGGAGGAGGAGGAGGAGGAAGAAGAGGAGGAGGAGGGUGGGAGGCGCAACGGCAGCUCAGAGACAGCACGUAACGGCAAGCAGCCGAAAGCUCGUGGGAACUCUCAGGAGAAAGAGAACAAUCACCGUCCGUCCAGCAGGGGGAGCGAGAGGGGCAAGCAGCAGGCGGGCGGCCGCAAGGCAGGCCGGCCUGCCGGGCAGACCGGACUCCGCAUGGUGGCCCGGACUCAGUUCCUCAACUGGCCCCUGGUGCCCUCCCCUCCCAAGCCUCUGCUCCAGCUGGAGAGGCACGUGGUCCGACCUCCCCCCGACAGCCCCGAACCCGACUCGUUGCCCCUGGACAGCGGCUCUGACCACAUCAUGCAGCGGGAUGUUUGGUUGGCCGUCUUCCAAUACCUCAGCUAUCGGGAGCUGUGCGUCUGCAUGAGGGUAUGCCGGACAUGGAGCCGUUGGUGCUGUGACAAGCGGCUCUGGACGCACAUUGACCUGAGCCGCCGGAAAUCCAUCACUCCCUCCAUGCUGAGCGGCAUCAUCCGCCGGCAGCCGGCCAGCCUCGACCUCAGCUGGACCAACAUCUCCAAGAAGCAGCUGAUGUGGCUCCUGAACAGGCUACAAGGCCUCAAGGAGCUCAUCCUGACAGGCUGCUCUUGGUGCUCAGUGUCGGCGCUCAGCACCGCCAGCUUCCCCUCUCUGCGGCUCCUGGACUUGCGCUGGAUCGAAGACGUCAAGGACUCGCACCUCCGCGAGCUGCUGCUGCCUGCCACAGACACCAAGCCGGGCCAGACCGACAGUCGGGGUCGGCUCCAGAAUGUCUCUGAGCUGCGUCUCUCCGGGCUGGACAUCACGGACUCCUCGCUGCGCCUGGUGAUCCGGCACACCCCCCAGCUUGCCAAACUGGACCUGAGCCACUGCAACCACGUGGGCGACCAGUCUGUUAACCUGCUGACCGCUGCUAACUCCCCGCUCCGAGAAACCCUCACCGAGCUCAACCUCGCCGGGUGCAACCGGCUGACAGAUCAGUGUCUGCCCCUUUUCCGCCGCUGCCCUCGCCUCUCCCUCAUCGACCUGCGCUCUUGCCACCACGUCACGCCCGAGGCCUGCGCCCGCUUUGCCGAGGACUCUGUCUCCAACAGCACCUCUGUCCCUCCUGCCCCUGGCUCGGCGCCCCCCGGGCCUCCGUUCCGUUGCCCCGAGGAGAAAUUGCUGCUGAAGGACAGCUAAUACCCGCCCUGGGGUGGAGGCGUGAGGAGUCUGCCUCGCCAAUCGGACGACCGGACCGGACACACGGACUCUGAGAGAACCUUUUUACUUAAAGCCAUGCACUGAACCGGAGUGGCGUCUCCACCCCCUUUAUGUGCGCAGCGAAGAGGGUGGAGGGCCGUGUCUCCCCCUCCCCGGUCUGGCCUGUAAGGGGGGGCAGGCCACCUCUCGCUCCGCCCCCGUGCCCUCCCCCCUCUCGUUCCAGGAUGGAGCCACGGAGUAAGUAGGGCCCGGGGGAGCCUUGUCGCUUUACAAUGUUGAGGAAGGUGUGUUCCUCCUAUCAUGCACUGCGCCGUUCCUCCCCCUGUCCAUUAGUCCAUGUCACAGUUGGUACCACACACUGGGGGGGUGGAAUUGGGAGGGGGAGACACCCAGCCUUGAAAUGCCGGCUCACGAGGUAGGCAGCUUAUUGUAUGGUGUCGGACUCUCUCUCUCUCCUCACCCCCCUCCACACAUCUGCACUGUAAUCUCAUCCAUCCCCCUCCCACAUGCUGCCUUUAUACUUCUGAAAGCUGUGUGAAUGUGUUUCUGUCAGUCUCUUGUCCCUUCUCUCCCCGUCACCCCUUCCCAACGGUUUGGUUUUUCAGUGCGGUUUUUACGGAGGGAGGGGAGCCAGGCAGCUGAUACUUACAUGCCCCCCUGCCCCACCUCAUUACACGCCUGCUGAAAUUCCGUCCACCUCCGCCGCAGCAUGCGAGUUGCCGCGUGUGCACAGCAUCUGCUCUGUGGAGCCCCGGAAGGAGACGUUCUUUGUAGAAAUGCCGUGCCGCCCACCAUCAGGGCGCCUGCGUGGCGAGUGGUCUCCACUCCCAUCCUGAUCCUCUGUAACCUCCUCUCUGUCUUCCCACCUGCUCUCCCCACUGCACUCCCCACCCUCUGAUCUUGUUGACACACGCCCUGGGAUCUUGACACGUGUGCCUAACCCGUGUCCUCAUUGUGCUCGGACUGCCAAAACCUUCAGACACACGCAUUGCAGUCUGUAUGAAUGCUGUCUCCACUGCUGUAUUGUUUGCACAUGCAAUCAACCUGCCCGCACAAACGAGGUGCGUGCGCAGGCCCCCUGCUCGCCAGUGAAUGUCCAACACCCAACCUUCAAUCCUCCCACCCUUAGUACCAGGCUGCCCCUUUCCUGCAUCCAUUCAGAAGUCUUACUUUUCGUAUGCACAGUGUUAUACAAGCGCACUCCAAAAAAAUGCUUCUGUUUGUGCAGUUAAUAUUCCUUUCUCAGUGCUCCAUUGACAUGCAUCAGGCUGGGUGCUGGGAAUUGGGCGGUGGGUCCUUUUGUUCUCCAGACGGCACCGCUUUACCCCGUUGGCGAACAGGAUACCCACCUGAGCAAUUGAGGGCGGUGGAUCGGCACAGUCCCACAAUCUGCCUUGAGGCUGGUUGAGCCGGAAGGCCACAAGUUUUCCGAGUUCUGCUGGCAGUAAAGGCGACAAGACGCAGAAUGAGAUGGGAGGUUUCAGAUGGCGGAAUUCUGGACCGCACCAUUCCAGAUUUCUCAGGGGUGCGCACGGAGCCUUAUUUUUGAAGGUGUUUCCUCCACACACACACACUUCCAGCAGAAAACUCCCCUGCAUGAGUUCCACUACCACAUGAUAGCAGGAGGGGCAUGUUAAACUUUUAUGUCUGAGUUUAGCAGAUGCCUGGAAUGCGUUGAUAUGGGAAGGCCUAUAAAAAUGUAACACACUGCCUCCCUCGCAGUUUGAAGUGGUACGACCCGGUGUUCUGCUGCCUCAUUUCUGUGUAACUUGGGCUCCUUUCCACCUGCAGCAGAAUGAGGUGGUACAGUCCUCAGAUGGCAAGGGCGGGACUGUGCUGCUUCAGACUACAGGGGACGGAUGGAAGCAUCACAUUCUGAAUGCUUCUGGUUUGUUAGGAAACCCCUUGUAAGCAGAAAGCCAGCCUAGCAAGAAAGGGACUCAGGCGAGAACCUUUCCUCCAAUGAGCUCAGUUUCCUGUUUGUAAGAGGUUUUGUGUUCAGUGGUAUGAAGCUGCCACAGACCCUGCGUUUCCCUAUGUGCGGAGACCAGAUCUUACAGGAUAACUCUGCAGGCGACUCCUCGUGUGCCCUUUGUGGUGUUGCACCUCUCCCGGGCUAUGCUGGAGAAGAGAACCUGGAAAGGACCAGGGCGGUUGGGAACCACAGUCAUGCAUCAACCGUUUCCCAUGCCCAGACGUGCUCUGCCCUCCCGUAAGAGCGCAUCCUUGCACAUCCGUAUCCCCCUGCCACACACACGUCCCUCUCACAUCCUGUGCCCCGCAUAAAGCCCCUCUCCCUAGAGUUCCCAUGUCGCAAGGCAGGUCUCCAGCCCCCGCUGCCUUUUCCUUGUAAACGAACCCCCUUAGUAUCCUCCCUGCCCUCCUUAUCUCCCGGUUUUCUUACUUUCUCACCCUUUCCCUCCACAGGACUGUGUGUGUGUGUGUGAGAGAGAGAGAGAGAGAGAGAGCUCUCUUUACCAUCCUUUACAUCUCUUUCUCUCCUCUCCCCCUUUUUCUCCAAGAAGCAUCUGUAUGAGCACUGGGGGGAGGAGUGCAGGGGGAGAUGUCUGACCCAGCUCACCCUCUUCCUGUACACUUUAAACAAAUGGUUUCAGCCCUGUCUUGGGAAGAGAUGCAGCUGUUAGCCCUGACCUCUCUACUCCAGCCCCUGCUUCUUCUUUUACUUUUUUUUUUUUUGGCCCAUACAGCUUUAAUAACCACUUUUUGGAAACAGGGUGGUGGUGGGGAGCGGAGCAGAGGGCUGCAUCUCUCGACCACUGCACUGCUUAGCUUGGCCUCGGGGUAGGCUGAAUUCUGCCCUGGAUUUUGCAGACUUGAACCCCUCCCUUCUGCUCCUCCACCACCAACUCGUGCAGGAGAGUUUUCUGCUGGAAGUGUGUUGGGGAGGGGGGGGAGCGUUCAAAAAUAAGGGGGAGAGGGAAUUACUGUAGAAAAAGAAGAGCCGAGAAACGAAUGUUCCAGGCCAAAGGCACCUCUGCCCUUGGCUCUUUUCCUCAAAUGCAGAAGAGGGAGAAAGUGGUGGGUGCAACUGUUGUCCCCCCCCCCCGGUGCUUCCUUCCUGCCUCCCCCCAGGGAGAGGGCACAGCCACGGAGUUCCUCCUCUGGGUGGCCAUCUCCACCCACUUUCGAUGGUGCCUCCUCUGCUCCCUCCGCCACCAUUUUGCUUCCUUCUUGGCUCCUUAGAGGUGACGAUAGCCUUCUUCUGGGUUUCAGAGCGACAGGUUGUCUGACUUCACACUAGCUAGAGUGACCCCCUUCCCUUCCUUACAAACACGUCCCAGUGCCUGGUCCCUUCCUGUCCCCCCCUCCUCGCAUCACCCAUCUACUUCAAACUUUAUCCCAUCCCCCCCACCCAGGGCUAGAGCAUAUCGCCCCUCGACAAACGUGUCGGGAAGAGGGGCGGGGAGAGGUGGCAUGAGAUGGAUUUUAAAAUUGGUAACCAUAACACUCUUUUUUAAUAUAUAUACUUGAACGUUCAUUUAUUACUAAAGCAUUACUUGAAAAACGCAGCGAUAGGUUGUGGAAUCGGAGGCGAGGUUUUUCGGUGUCUAUUUUUUUAAUUUUUUGAGGUUCUGUUGGGUGCUCUUUUUUAAUUUGUUUUUAAGAAAACUUUGGUUCUGUUUCUUUGUUGGUCUUUAUUUUUUAAUUUUUUUUUAAUUUGUCUGAUAAAGGAAAAAAAAUCCUUCCCUCGCUCCAUUAGCCAAAGAGGGCCAAGGUGUUUUAUUCCCUUCCCCUGUUCUCCGGAGGGUUUUGUUUGUUUCUUUCCGUUUUAUACCGGAGUUUCCAGCUGCCUACAUCCUUAUUCGUCCAUUAGAAUUCUCCGAAGAAGUAUUAAAAGAUUUGGGAGGGGAAGAACAGAAACGGUGGGGAGGGGAGGCCUUUUGGCCAAGCGAUGGAAGUAUGGGUUGGUAUUCUGCAAUUCGAGAGGAGGGGGGGCGAGGGGGGCGUCCAUGUGUGGGAAAAGGCCUCCUUCUCUGUACGUUUAAAUUCUUUUGUGGGCACAGGUGCUUUGGCAUCAAUUAUGUACUGUAUGGCUUCCUCCUUCCCCCUUUAUUUAGCACCCCCAUCCUCCCUGAAGAGAUACACUCCAUGGUGCAAACAAGGGAGGUGGGGCCAAGCCAGACCCCACCCCUGGGCUUCAAGCCACCGAUCUCAGAUUACCCUCUUGGCAAAAGAGACUUGGAACCUUAACCAACUCCAUGUUUCUUUGCAUGCUUUAUUGGGGGGUGGGGGGAGUGGCAAUGGAGGAGAGUCACCCCCACUCUGCUGCGGUGGCCCCCAGCUUCAGCUUUCCUUCUAUAAUCAAGGGUAGUGAUACGCCAGAAGGUGCUGUUUCAAACAUAUCUUUUAGGGUUGUAUUUUUUUUAUUUUUAUGGAUGUUUUAACUGAAAAAAAAAAGAAAAAUACCUCAGGUUUAAAAAAAGAAACGGUGAAGAGAAAAAAAAAAUUAGUCGAGACUAUUCAUCUAUGGAUGCGUUACCACAGAUUGCUGCUUUGGGAAACGUGGACGCGGGGGGGGGGGAGGGAUCGAGGCCGGGGAAGUCCGACUUAGAGGGGCAUCGGCAGCCCAGGCAGAGAAGAGGCCGCUGAGAUAAGCCCGCUCCCCCUCCCCCUCCGGUCACUCGAAAGACAUAUCAUUGUACAUGCAUAGGACAACUGUUUCAGACACACAGGGAUGGGGAGAACAAACGUGGGGAAGUCUUACUGAACCCCACUUUCCCCCCUCCCACCCCCAAGGAGGUAGCCUAUCUUAAAAUACGUUCCAAGGGAUUUUCCUCCCAGGUAUACCGUGGGACAUCUGGAUGGACACACAUGCAUAUACAUAUGCCUCCCCCCCCCCAAGUUAGUGGACCAAAGCUAUACUCCUCCCCCCUCUGCCAGAUCUCAUCCUUUUGGCUACCAGUUUGAUGGCACACGCACCCCCAUUCUUUCUCCUCCACACCUCUCCAUUGAGACAAAGACAGUCGGGGGUGGGGUGGGGAGAAAGCGAAAGAAAGAAAAAUCCAGUUUGGAGCAAUGCGUCUUUUGUGAAUUUCAACCUGCAAAUCCCCCCCCAUCCCAGCCCCAUGGGACUGCUUGGAUGAUGGAGGGGGAAGGGGAUGCGAGACCAGGUUCCGAUCUGAAUUUCAGGGGUUCUAUUAUUGUACAAUAACUGUUUGCUAUAUAAAGAAAAGGAAAAAAAAAAGAAAAAUGUUUUGGUCUAAAGCCUGUUUUUCGUUAUUCCCCCACCCCACCCCACCCCACUUUUAUUUUCCUUUCCCCCCCCCUAAAAAAUGUCAUUAAUAAAAUUGUUGGGUUUUUUAUUUUUAAUUAUUUUAUUUUAUUUGGGUUCUGUUGUUAUGGUUUCUGGAAAUAUUUUUUUAUAAACUCUCCUUUUGGUUUUUUUCAAA